AUGACAAUGGUUGUUGCUGACUGGGGUAAUCAUCGUAUUGUUCAAUGGAAGAUAGGCGAAAAGAAUGGAGAAAUAAUAGCUGGUGGAAAUGGUCCUGGAAAUCAUUUAAAUCAAUUAAACUGUCCAACCGAUGUGCUUAUUGAUAAAGAAACCAAUAGUCUGAUGAUUUGUGAUCGAGGUAACCGACGAGUCUUAAAAUGGUCUCGUCAGCAAGGUACUACUCAAGGUGAAAUAGUUCUUGAAAACAUUUCUUGUUGGGGAUUAGCCAUGGAUGAUCAGAAAUGUCUUUAUGUCUCUGACAUCGAAAAACAUGAAGUAAGAAGAUAUAAAAUAGGAGAUAAGAAUGGCACCGUUGUAGCUGGUAAUAAUGGACGAGGUGUUAGUCUCAAGCAACUCAACACACCCAGUUAUAUUUUUGUUGACCUACAAAAAAAUGUCUAUGUGUCUGAUACGCUCAAUCAUCGUGUGGUAAAAUGGAAUAAAGAUGCAUUAGAAGGAAUCAUCGUCAUGCAUGGAUUUUUUCGAGGACUUUUGGUCGAUAGAUUAGAGAAUAUUUAUGUGGCAGAUUAUGGCAAUCAUCGAGUUAUGCGUUGGCCUAAAGACGCGAUCGAGGGUACUGUCAUUGCGGAUGGAAAUGAAACUGAAGGAGAAGGAAAAAAAUUAUACCAUCCUUGGAGUUUGUCAUUCGGUCAAGAUGGUUAUCUCUACAUCGCUGAGCAUACGAGAGAUCGAAUACAACGUAUUCCUAUUGAAUAA